AUGGUCAACUUCUAUUUCACCACUGUGGUUUCGGCUCUCAGCCUGGUCACUGCCACGGCCAUUCCAGCUUCCGUUUCAAAAAGCCACCAUCAAGCAAGAGCAGAUCCAUCUUUUGCCCUAACGAUCCUGAGUGAGGAUCAAUUCAACAAUACCACCCUAACUGUACUCAAGGGUUCGUUGCCUACGGACCCAGAGAAGCGGGCUACAAUUAUUGGCGAAGAUGAUCGUCACCUGUCCGUGAACGACAAGUACCCCUACACAGCCGUGGGAAGAGUCGGUCUCAGUGGCGUUGAUUGGGGCGCUGGCUGCUCUGGUACUCUGGUCGGUCCCCGCCAUGUGCUUACAGCCCGUCAUUGUGUCAUGGAAUAUGAUGGUCUGGCAACUAUCGAAUUCUCCCCUGGCUAUGACCAGACCCCACGCUUCGGCAGUUCUAAGGUCACUCAUGCCAUCACGACACCCGAACUUAAAGACGAAUGUAUCAGUAAAUCAGACUGGGCCAUCCUCAUUUUGGAAGAACCCCUAGGGGAGAAACAGGGCUGGUUCGGUGUUAAGUCGCCCACCCAGGACAAGAUUGGCUCGCCCGAGUUCAAGACCUUGGGAUAUCCAGUUGAUCUUGACAAUGGAUAUAGGCCGUACCUGAUGGAAAAUAGCUCGAUCAUUGACGAAUGGGUCGGCUUUAAAUGCGGCGGUACCGGGCCGUUUUACACUGACACCGAUUCUAAUGAAGGGCAGUCCGGCAGUCCAUUUUGGGAAACCGUCGGCCAGGAUGUGUAUGUCUGGGGUGUUCUGUCUGGCGGAAUUGAGGCCACUGGUGAUAAUGGCUUCAAGCUCCUCGCCACUGUUUUCAGCUCGGGGCCAGAGAUUGUUAGCCACGUCAACCGACUUCAGCAGGAGUUCCCAUGA